AUGAACCAGUAUCCAUAUCCUGUUCAAACCAAUGUUGGAGGGAAACACGAGACCGUUGAUAAAGAUUCAUUUUUGUCGAUGGAAAACGACAUCUUGACAACCAGGCAACUAUCGGAACGAGGACAGGUUGACUUACCUAACCAUGGGUCGACAGCCAAUCAGAAACCGGAAUACAUUGGGGAACGGCAACACACACACUACACACAUCAACGUUCAGUUCACAUCCGAGCAAGACGUCCUCUGCAAACUACUCUACAGCCAGCCCUUCUCAACGCUUCAACAGGGCAACAGCGCCCACGGUUCACACCACGAACCUACAACCUCAAAACAGCCGUUCUCACUGCUUCAACAGGGCUCCAGCGCCCACGGUUCACACCACGAACCUUCAACUCAAAACAGCCGUUUUCACAGCUCUUCAACAGGGCACCAGCGCCCAAGACCUUCAACAUCUCUAACAAGAACAAACCCGCAGGACCUGAAGCAGCACCAGCCGACGACGAUCUUAGAACUGACCACGGCAGAAACGAGCUACCAAGCGCUCUCGCAGUCCCGACGACCACGAGCCACGACGAUCCGGAAACCGACAACUGUGGAAACGAGCUACCAAACGCUCUUGCGAUACCAACGACCAACGACGAUCUACGAAUAGCCUGCGGCGGACACGAGAUAUCAAGCUCUAUCACGGUAUCGACCGUAAGACUGUCGAGCACGCCGAUCUCACAAGCAACGCCGUGACACCACCACAAGACCGUGGCGAUAUCACUCCUUCGGCAUUGACGAGCAGUACCUCCGCCGAACUUAUCCCGGUCGACGGCUAAUACCGUCGGAUUACCGUGGGA